GGGCUUUUAUCCAACACUUUCUCCAAUCAAGUUUAAUAAAAAAAACACUUUCUACAGAGAAAAAAAACAAAACCCGUUCGAUGUUGCUUAAACCCUAAUUCGACGGUCUCAACUGAUUCAAUUUCGAAGAAGAAAACUUGAAAGAAAGAGAGAUACUCGUAAUCGCAUCAAUGUCAGACAACGAUUCUGACGCCCCUGAGGAAUUCACAGCUGAACAGGGUAUUCAACUAGACGAAGAGAUUCGAAAGAUUAAAAGAGAAAACACGAUUAGGGUUAAUACCGAAGAGAAAGAACGUCGGAGGAAAUGGGCUCAAAAGAUAACACCUCGACCAUCCAAAGCUGCUAAAAAAUCUCAAGGUGUAUCAAUAACUGAAUCUCAGGAAGAACCAAAUGAUGCUGCAGAAUUUCAUCCCGAAAGCAUUGUCCAACGAAACAAAGCUGUAGGAUUUCUUCCCAAAAGCAUUGUUGAAAUGCUUGCAGCUCGUGAGAAAAAUAUUUCCUUAACUGUCACUAAAGAGGAGAAAGAUGAAACAAAGCCUACCACUUCAAAGAAGAGAAAAUCCAAGGAUUCGGGUUUUGAACCUCGUAUUUUGAGCGAAUUAGGUCCUCCUCCAUGCUUACAGAGUGCCUUAGAUUUCUUGAAAGAAAGAAAAAUGGCAGUUCCGAGAUCGUCUGCUGUUUUGAAGAACUCCAACCAAGCAUCGCGUCUUCUUUCUAGUUCUGGGGUCAUACACCAGAAAUGAGGAUUUUUAUUUCCUUAUAAAUUGAUAGAUUAUUUUGGCCAAGGUGAGGUGUUAAUGUUGCAAUAUUUAUUAUUAACCUGUCAGCUUUGCUGCUUCUGUCUGUCUACUGGACUGAAAGUUGUAACGUUAAGAUGUCAUCAAUGUUAGUUGGAGUUAAUUAUGCUCA